ACAGUUUGUGUCCGUUAGGAGCAGCUGACCGCUGUUGCGCAGUUUUUAUUUCAGGGCGCGAACUGUGGAGGCGAACCUGUUCUGUGCGCGCGAACAGAGACGAAGUGGCGUCAGUUGAAGUAGAUAAAGAGUAAAAACCGGAGAGAAAAGUAGUUUCUCCUGAGUUUUCUGUGACUCCAGCAGCUACAGAGACAAAGACAGGACAUGUGCAAAAGAAAUACAACACGUGACGUUUAUCUGAAGUCUGACCAGUUGUUGGGUUUAAACCACCAUCAGGCAAUUGCCAAAUGGAGUCAUUGCUCCACCUCUGAAUGUUACAGGUUUACCUCUCAGGCUGGACAUGAUGUGGACAGAGGAGGACAGAGCAGAGUCUCCAGUAUCCAGCUGUCUGUCUAUGAAGAGUGACUGGUCCAAAGAUUUUAAUCCUCCAGACCUCAGUAAUGGACCUGGACCCUGGAGUCACUGGAGACAGUUUGAACCACAGAGAGCAGAGUCUCCAGUAUCCAGCUGUCUGUCUAUGAAGAGUGACUGGUCCAAAGACAGACCUCCAGACCUCAGUAAUGGACCUGGACCCUGGAGUCAUUGGAGACAGUUUCCACAACGGAGAGCAGAGUCUCCAGUAUCCAGCUGUCUGUCUAUGAAGAGUGACUGGUCCAAAGAUUUAAAUCCUCCAGUCUUCAGUAAUGGACCUGGACCCUGGAGUCACUGGAGACAGUUUCCACAACAGAGAGCAGAGCAUCCAGUAUCCAGCUGUCUGUCUAUGAAGAGUGACUGGUCCAAAGAUUUAAAUCCUCCAGACCUCAGUAAUGGACCUGGACCCUGGAGUCACUGGAGACAGUUUGAACCACACAGAGCAGAGUCUCCAGUAUCCAGCUGUCUGUCUAUGAAGAGUGACUGGUCCAAACAUUUUAAUCCUCCACUCUUCAGUAAUGGACCUGGACCCUGGAGUCAUUGGAGACAGUUUCCACAACAGAGAGCAGAGCAUCCAGUAUCCAGCUGUCUGUCUAUGAAGAGUGACUGGUCCAAAGAUUUAAAUCCUCCAGACCUCAGUAAUGGACCUGGACCCUGGAGUCACUGGAGACAGUUUGAACCACACAGAGCAGAGUCUCCAGUAUCCAGCUGUCUGUCUAUGAAGAGUGACUGGUCCAAACAUUUUAAUCCUCCACUCUUCAGUAAUGGACCUGGACCCUGGAGUCAUUGGAGACAGUUUCCACAACACAGAGCAGAGUCUCCAGUAUCCAGCUGUCUGUCUAUGAAGAGUGACUGGUCCAAAGAUUUAAAUCCUCCAGUCUUCAGUAAUGGACCUGGACCCUGGAGUCAUUGGAGACAGUUUCCACAACACAGAGCAGAGUCUCCAGUAUCCAGCUGUCUGUCUAUGAAGAGUGACUGGUCCAAAGACAGACCUCCAGACCUCAGUAAUGGACCUGGACCCUGGAGUCAUUGGAGACAGUUUCCACAAGAGAGGAAGAGGAGUCAUGUUCCUGUGGAGGAGCAGCUGUCCUGCUGUGAUCUGUGUCAGGACGUCCUGAAGGAUCCAGUCUCUACCAGCUGUGGACACUGGUUCUGCAGACAGUGCAUCACCUCAUACUGGGACCAGUCUGGUCCAUCAGGAGACUCCUCCUGUCCCCAGUGUGGAAAAAGACCCAGACCAGGACCUGGACUGCAGACAGCAGAUAGUGGUCUGCAGGAGGUUUUAGAUGAACAUAAGAUCAGUCUGAGGAGGAGAUGUGAACGUGUGACUGAAGGAACUGAUGGAACAGGAAGUAGAACCCUCCUCAACAGGAUCUACACUGAGCUCUACAUCACAGAGGGACAGAGUGAAGAGGUUAAUACCCAACAUGAGGUGAUGCAGCUGGAGAUCAAGAUGGAGACCCUCCAUGACACUCCAAUCAGGUGCCAGGACGUCUUUAAAGCCUUACCUUACCAACAGAGACACAUCAGAGUGGUUCUGACCAACGGCGUCGCUGGUGUUGGAAAAACCUUCUCAGUGCAGAAGUUCACUCUGGACUGGGCAGAGGGCUUGGAAAACCAAGAUGUCAGUCUGCUGGUUCUGCUUUCGUUCAGGGAGCUGAACCUGAUCAGAGAUGAGCAGUACAGUCUUCUCACGCUGCUCCAUGUUUUCCAUCCAACAUUACAGAAGGUCACAGCAGAGAAGCUGGCUGUCUGUAAAGUUCUGUUCAUCUUUGACGGCCUGGAUGAAAGCAGACUUUCACUGGAUUUCAACAACAGGAAGGUUGUGUCUGACGUCACACAGAAGUCAUCAGUCAACGAGCUGCUGACAAACCUCAUCCAGGGGAAUCUGCUUCCCUCGGCUCUGGUCUGGAUAACUUCCAGACCUGCAGCGGCCAAUCAGAUCCCUCCUUCAUGUGUUGACAGGGUAACAGAAGUACGAGGCUUCACUGACCCACAGAAGGAGGAGUACUUCAGGAGGAGAUCCAGUGAUGAAGAGCUGUCCAACAGAACCAUCUCACACAUCAAGACCUCCAGGAGCCUCCACAUCAUGUGUCAAAUCCCAGUCUUCUGCUGGAUCGCUGCUACAGUUCUGGAGCACAUGUUGACUACAGAGCAGAGAGGAGAGCUGCCCAAGACCAUGACUGACCUGUACUCACACUUCCUGCUGGUUCAGACAAAGAGGAAGAAGAACAAGUACCAUGAGGGACAUGAGACGAGUCCACAGGAGCUGACGGAGGCUGACAGGGAAGUUCUUCUGAAGCUGGGGAGGCUGGCGUUUGAACAACUUGAGAAAGGAAACAUCAUGUUCUACCAAGAAGACCUGGAGCAGUGUGGUCUUGAUGUGACAGAGGCCUUGGUGUACUCAGGAGUUUGUACAGAGAUCUUCAAAAGAGAGAGUGUGAUCUUCCAGAAAACAGUCUACUGCUUUGUUCAUCUGAGCGUUCAGGAGUUUCUGGCUGCAGUCUACAUGUUCCACUGUUUCACCAACAGGAAGACAAAGGUACUGAAGAAGUUCCUGGGAAAUAAAUAUGUUGAUUCAACCCUGAAUGACUUCCUGAAUGAAGCAGUCAAAAAAUCUCUGAGAAGUAAAAAUGGCCACCUGGACCUGUUUGUUCGCUUCCUUCAUGGCCUCUCUCUGGAGUCCAACCAGAGAGUCUUAGGAGGUCUGCUGGGUCAGACAGAGAACAGUCCAGAAAUCAUCCAGAGAGCCAUCAACAACCUGAAGAAGAUGAGGACAAAUGCGUCUCCUGACAGAAGCAUCAACAUCUUCCACUGUCUGAUGGAGAUGAACGACCACUCAGUUCAUCAGGAGAUCCAAGAGUUCCUGAAGUCAGAGAACAGAUCAAAGAAGAGACUCUCUAUGAUCCAGUGCUCAGCUCUGGCCUACAUGCUGCAGAUGUCAGAGGAGGUUCUGGAUGAGUUUGACCCAAAGAAGUACAACACAUCAGAGGAGGGACGACGGAGACUGAUCCCAGCUGUGAGGAACUGCAGGAAGGCUCAACUUGGUGGUUGUGGACUCUCAGAGACUGACUGUGAAGUCGUGGCCUCAGCUCUGAAGUCCAACCCCUCCCAUCUGAGAGAACUGGACCUGAGUGACAACAAAGACUUGAAGGAUUCAGGAGUGAAGCUGGUUUCUGCUGGACUGGAGAGUCCAAACUGCAGACUGGAGACUCUGAGGUUGAAGUCCUGCAGUUUGUCAGAGAUCAGCUGUUCUUCUCUGGUCUCAGCUCUGAAGUCCAACCCCUCCCAUCUGAGAGACCUGGACCUGAGUAACAACUGGGAGCUGCAGGAUUCAGGAGUGAAGGAUCUGUGUGGUUUUCUGCAGAGUCCAGACUGUAGACUGGAGACUCUGAGGUUGGAGUCCUGCAGUUUGUCAGAGAUCAGCUGUUCUUCUCUGGUCUCAGCUCUGAAGUCCAACCCCUCCCAUCUGAGAGACCUGGACCUGAGUAACAAUGACCUGCAGGAUUCAGGAGUGAAGGAUCUGUGUGGUUUACUGAGGAGUCCAGACUGUAGACUGGAGACUCUGAGGUUGGAGUCCUGCAGGUUGUCAGAGAUCAGCUGUUCUUCUCUGGUCUCAGCUCUGAAGUCCAACCCCUCCCAUCUGAGAGAACUGGACCUGACUCUCAACAACCUGCAGGAUUCAGAUGUGAAGGAUCUGACUGAUCUUGUGAAGAGUCCAGACUGUGGACUGGAGACUCUGAGGUUGGAGUCCUGCAGUUUGUCAGAGAUCAGCUGUUCUUCUCUGGUCUCAGCUCUGAAGUCCAACCCCUCCCAUCUGAGAGACCUGAACCUGAGUAACAACAACCUGCAGGAUUCAGGAGUGAAGGAGCUGUGUGGUUUACUGAGGAGUCCACACUGUAGACUGGAGACUCUGAGGUUGGAGUACUGCUGUUUGUCAGAGAUCAGCUGUUCUUCUCUGGUCUCAGCUCUGAAGUCCAACCCCUCCCAUCUGAGAGAACUGGACCUGAGCUACAACUACCUGCAGGAUUCAGGAGUGAAGGAGCUGUGUGGUUUUCUGCAGAGUCCACACUGUAGACUGGAGACUCUGAGGUUGAAGUCCUGCAGUUUGUCAGAGAUCAGCUGUUCUUCUCUGGUCUCAGCUCUGAAGUCCAACCCCUCCCAUCUGAGAGAACUGGACCUGAGCUGGAACAACGACCUGCAGGAUUCAGCAGUGAAGAAGCUGUGUGGUUUUCUGCAGAGUCCAGACUGUAGACUGGAGACUCUGAGGUUGAAGUCCUGCAGGUUGUCAGAGAUCAGCUGUUCUUCUCUGGUCUCAGCUCUGAAGUCCAACCCCUCCCAUCUGAGAGAACUGGACCUGAGUAACAACAUUAACCUGCAGGAUUCAGCAGUGGAGGAGCUGUGUGGUUUUCUGCAGAGUCCACACUGUAGACUGGAGACUCUGAGGUUGGAGUCCUGUGGUUUGUCAGAGAUCAGCUGUUCUUCUCUGGUCUCAGCUCUGAAGUCCAACCCCUCCCAUCUGAGAGACCUGGACCUGAGUAACUACAGCCUGUAUGAUUCAGGAGUGAAGGAUCUGUGUGGUUUUCUGCAGAGUCCAGACUGUAGACUGGAGACUCUGAGGUUGAGGAACUGCAGUUUGUCAGAGAUCAGCUGUUCUUCUCUGGCCUCAGCUCUGAAGUCCAACCCCUCCCAUCUGAGAGAACUGGACCUGAGCUGGAACAACCUGAAUGAUUCAGCAGUGAAGCCUCUCCAUGAUCUUGUGAAGGACCCAGACUACAGACUGGAGACUGUGAGGUGGAGGUGGUGAUGAGCUGAGUCCUGAUGAUCCAGAUGUUGAAGCAGCAGCAGCAGCAGCUUGUGUGUAGAGAGGCUCUGACUGGACCAUGUUACUGGGAGGUAGAGUGGAGAGGAGAGCUUCAUCCAGCAGUGACUGACAGAGGAAUCAGAAGAAGCAGUCUGAACUGAUCUGAGAACAGCUCCACUGUCAGACACAGAGUCCAGUCCACCAUCAUCCCUGUGUGUUCCUCUGGAUCUGACAGAGCAGCAUCAGUGUGUCUGGAUGCUGCAGCUUCAGCAGAGUCUCAGGUUUUAUCUGUUGGUAUGUUGAUGUUAAGGAGUGUGUGUGUUGUGAGACAGACUUUAACUAUAUUCAUCUGUUCAUUAUGAUGUGUCAUUGAUUUAAUCCUUUAAUGAUCAUUUACUCUCUUCAUGGACAAUAAUGUUUUUAAAUGAACUUUCUGAUCUUAUGUUUCAGCUGUUUAAGUCUGUGAUGGAGACACAGACUGAACCAGUCACUUCACUUCAUCUUUGGUGUUUUUAUAGCCGCAUGUUAUAUUCACUCAUUUAACAGACGCUUUUAUCCAAAGUGAAAACACUGAAGCUUCAGAGCAGAGAACUGUAGAUGGAGGAUCAGUGAGAUCUGGAGGGAACAUUAGAUUUACAGACACAGCUACGAUGAGUAAAAGAAAAGGUUUUUGGUAUUUAGCUGUAACAUCCUCAGACCUGUCUGUCUGUCUGUCUGUCUGUCUGUCUGUAAAGGUUGUUUCUGCAGUAAUAGGUUUUACUGAGGAGAUCAGAGACACGGUCAUUUACUUUCUGAGCUUCUUCACUGAUGUUGGUGAUAAAAUGAUGAUAAAAAUAAAGUUUUGAUUUCACAUCUGA